UCCUGCACAGCAGAGAGGCAGUAACAGGAGGGUUUUUGCAGCCUUCAUCAGAGUUUCACAAGCCAAUAGUUCGGCUGUUGCCUGUGCAAAGGCCAGACCAUGUGUGUGACUGCCCAGCAGGUAACGUUGAGGUUUCACCCGGCGCAAUUGUGGCUCUUGUAACCAUAAAUGGCCGUUAUAACCUUGCACUGCCAGUGGUGAGCUGCACCAGCUGUGGCCUAAUGUGGUCCCCCUCAGUUAAAGACAUCCUGGGUAGUGGAUCUUGGCCUGGCACCUUAAAUUUCUGCACCCUGUUUUCAAUGGAUGUCUUUCAGUCUUUCUAUGACAUUAAGAAGGCUGCAGCAGGGAUGUCACUUAAGGCAUUUGUCAAAAUGCUGGAUGAACGAACAGCCCAUUCUGGAAGGAAUGGCCGAAUAUCAGCUGAUGCCUUCAGUAAAAGUUUCUUGGAGUGGAGUGCUGUAAAGUUUGAGGUGGACAGGAUGUGCAAGGAGCCAUGCUUUAGCUGCCCUGCCUGCACUCCAGACAUGCUUGCCGUCUCAGUUGAUGGAAACCGCAAGCUUUAUCGCUUUCAAUCAAAUGCAAGCACUUCAGAGCAGGGGAACUUUGAAGGUGUCUUCAUUGAAAAAGAUGAGGAAGUUGCUGAGUUUGUGAAAUACAUCCAGAGACACACAAAUCAUGUCCCGGGGAAAGGGUUGUGCGGAUCUUCAUCUUGGACUGCAGCAAAGGAGUCGUCCAAAAAGUCCACUGGGAAGUUGGAUGAGGAGGGCAUGGAAAUAGCUGUUUGUCGCCACGGAGUCCUCUUAGCUGCAUUGAACAUGUUUCGAGGGGAGAUCUUUGCUUACACCCUUUUUCUCCAGAGGAAGUUGGCAGCUAACGUCCCAGGACAUAUUACGUUCCUUUGCUCCGAUGUGGCCUGUAAAUAUUUCCCCUAUUUAACCAAGGUGGCUCAGCAGUGCCCUGAGCUGAGGAACCUUUUGUCAAUGCGUCCUUUUCUCUCCGUCAUGCAUGCAAAGGCUCACACUUGGAAAUGCGAGAUCAAAUGGGGAGGUGCGUUUCAGGAUGGGGCCGGUUCAACAGUUGGAGAAGAGGUGGAACAAGUAAACAGUUUCCUGUCUAGGGCGGCCAUCACAACGAAGUACAUGUCUAAAGCAGGGCGAACAGACAUGCUGAGCCUCCUGGCUUUGGGCUGGAACAAAAGGAAAGUGGAACAACUGGGCCGCACUUUGAGCCAGAGAUAUCUAAAGAUCAUAAGGAUCCUUAGAGAACAAGUGGAGAGCCUGAAUGCGAGCAGAAAUGAGCUGGGUGUGGAUGACGACACGCUGCAGCAAUGGGCUGAAGAUGGCAACAAGAGGCGACACAGAAUUCGCAAGGUCAUCUUAGUUGAGAAGAAACGCUUGGCGGCUGCUGUUGACGACUACAACAAGCUCGCUGAACCAACAAAGCAAAUCAUAUCCAGUGAUGCCCUCAUGCAGACCGAUAUUUGGCCCUGGCAGAGCACAAGUGAACCUGCUGCUGACCUCCGGACAAAGAGAAAGGUCUUUGAGAAGGUGAUGGCUGUGAGGCGCCUGAGAGAGGAGGAGAUGAUCCUUUGCAGGGAGAUGCAGCAUCACUGGACAGUGUUGCGAAUGCGAUCUGUGGUGUUGGGGACAAUCUCCUCAGACUAUGAAAGCAGGUUCACACUGAGCACUUGUGACAGUCUGGAGACGCCUGGAGAACCUUCUGCGUCCUGCAACAUCCUCCAGCAUGAGUUGGCAGUGGGUCAGUUUGGUGUGGGGUGGCAUUUCUUUGGGGAGCGCACAGCCCUCCAUGUGUUCGGCAGAGGUAGCCUGACUGCCAUUAGACCUCAUGUGGCUGGAGUGUGUCAGCAGUUCCUGCAAGACGAAGGCAUUGAUGCUGUGGACUGGCCCGCCCAUUCCCCAGAACUGAAUCCAAUUGAGGACAUCUGGGACAUCACGUCUCACUCCAUCCACCAACUGCACCACAAAAUGUCCAGGAGUGGGCAGAUGCUUUAG